AUGAUAGUCCAAACAGCAGCAACAGAAACAGCAGCAACAGAAACAGCAGCAACAGAAACAGCUGCAACAGAAACAGCAGCAAAAGAAAUUUUGGAGGUGGCGGACCACCACCAGCAACAGAAACAGCAGCAACAGAAACAGCAGCAACAGAAACAGCAGCAGCAGCAAAAACAGCAGCAACAGAAACAGCAGCAGCAGCAUAAACAAAUGACCCGUGGGAGCUGCAUCGCUAAUUCGGGUAGCCGUGACCAAGGCUGGAAACCUCGGUCCGGUCACGACAAUGGCGCAGCUGAAACAGCAGCAACAGAAACAGCAGCAACAGAAACAGCAGCAACAGAAACAGCUGCAACAGAAACAGCAGCAAAAGAAAUUUUGGAGGUGGCGGACCACCACCAGCAACAGAAACAGCAGCAACAGAAACAGCAGCAACAGAAACAGCAGCAGCAGCAAAAACAGCAGCAACAGAAACAGCAGCAGCAGCAUAAACAAAUGACCCGUGGGAGCUGCAUCGCUAAUUCGGGUAGCCGUGACCAAGGCUGGAAACCUCGGUCCGGUCACGACAGUUUCUUCGGGACCUUCUUGUCUUAG